AUGAUUAUAACCAACAUCAGACGCCUGAUGCGCAAAUCGUCUAAACUGUGCGAUGGUGUACAGCCGGCCCGGUUUAACAUAUCGAAUGUGCAAGGUGCAGUUACUGCGUGCAUUGGAGUGCUGAUACUGCUGACGCUGUGUGCAAAUUUUGGGCUGUUCAGUGUGCGAUUUUACGGCCAAUCGGUAGAAGAAAUUCUGAAGCAAAGAAUCACCCAUUUGGAGACGGCCUGUAGAAAUCUAGAAAACGGUGGACAGAAAAACAUCCAGCCAGCAUUUUACCUGUACAGCAAAAACCACAGUCUUCUGUACUGUUUAGUUUUCAAGGCCGGCACCAGCACUUGGUUUUAUAACUUCAACUCUUGGGCCGGAUACACCGACUAUGAGAUUAUGCACGUAGACAACCUGCUACUGGCGCGAAAGUUCUAUCCGAAGCUGAACCGAGUUUCGCUAAUGAACGCCAUGGACCAUUCCUUUUCGUUUAUCAUCGUGCGGCAUCCUUUCGAGCGACUGAUUAGUGCAUUCGAGGACCGGAUGGUCAGCAUGCGAAAUCCGUACUACUCGCGUAUGUCUCGUGCCAUCUACGAACGAUAUUCCGGCGAUACACCCGGCGACAAAUCGGGUACGAUUUCGUUUCGACAUUUUGUACAAUUCAUCAUCGAUGAUGUGGCCUACAACAAACAGCAAACUAGCGCCCUCGACAUCCACUGGGCACCCAUGUACCAGCUCUGCACGGUCUGCCUGGCGAAAUACCAUAUGAUUAUCAAACUGGAAACGUACGCCCGGGAUGUGGAAGUUCUUAUUAAGCAAACCGGACUGCAGGGCAAAAUCAAACCGGUGCAUAUCAACCACGGCAGAAAAGAGACGACGGAGAUCUUGAUUCAAAGAUAUUUCUCAGAAAUUACGGAUAAACAAAUGGAAGCACUGUACAGCAUCUAUGAACUUGAUUUCCUGCUGUUCGGGUACUCGGCCGAAAAGUACUUCCAGAUACCAAAGGCACCAAAAUGA